AUGUCUCUGCUGGCAGCCGUGCUGCUGCUCUGGGGUGAGACAUCCUGGGAUCCUACCGCUGAAGCUUUCCUAUGGGCAGACGCUCAGUCCCUGCAGGAACCCUGGGCAAACCUGACACUGACAUGUCAGGCUGCGUUCCCUACCAAGGACUUCCAGCUGAUCUUGAAUGGAUGGCGCCAGCAUAGAGUCCACCUCAAUAAACAUGCCAUGUCACACCAGUUCCCACUGGGAGCAAUCACAAGUGAAAACAAGGGAGUCUACCGCUGCCGCUGCGGCGUGGAGCCCCUAACUCUUACAGUGACAGAACUGAACAAGUGGACAAUGCUAAGCAAUCUUGUAGAGGUCACAGGGACAGAGCCCUUGCCUGCACCCUCGCUUUUGGCUGACCCAGUGUCCUGGAUCACACCUCACGUGGCCACAUACCUACUGUGCCACUCUGCAAUGAGGGGUGUAACUUUCCUACUGAGCAAGGAGGAAGAUGAUAAUUUCCUGAGGGUGAGGAAAGCCCAAGACAAUGUAGUAGCCAGGUUUGUAGUCCGACAUCCUGGUAACUACCGCUGCAGCUACCGAACUCACGCAGAAGGCACCCCCUCUGAGCCCAGUGAGACUGUGACCAUCACAAAGUAUGUUAAACCACCUAAGCCCUUGAUGGCUUUCUUGGGAACUUAUCAAAGGAUCCAGGACCCCAGCUCAAAUGCGGUCCUUGCCUGCAAGGCUCCUCGGAAUGUGUUUGAAUUCCAACUCAGGCAAGAUGAGAAGAUCCUAAACAUUCGUGAGGUUAGACCCCUCCGAGAAGUCUCCCUGUACUACCUGAACUUGACAGAGAUGAGUAACCAAAGACCUUUAACCUGCCGCUACCGCCUACACAGAAUGUUGCAUACUUGGUCUGAAGACAGUGAACCCAAAGAGCUAAUGUGGAGUGAUGAGACACAACCCGCACCAGUGCUCACUGCAGAGCCAUCGAGUCAUGACCUUGAACCUGGCUCCACCUUGCAUCUUCGAUGUACUGCACCCAAGGCCGGCCUCCGUUUUGGCCUACUACGUCAAGGUGACACAGAUUACCCCGUGAUCAAGAUACUGAAUCCAUCUGGGACUGAAGCUGUCUUUGAGCUGCACAAUAUCUCAACAAUAGACUCUGGCAACUACAGUUGUGUCUACAUGGAACAGGAACCGCCCUUCUCAGGAUCUGCUCCCAGUGAGGUGUUGGAGCUGCUUGUGAAUGGGCCACCACCCAAGCCAAAGCUUGAAGCUCUGUGGAAAGGCAUUGUUCCCUUGGGCCGUGAAGCCAACUUUCGCUGCCAUGGCCAUGUGGGCAUGGUCAACAUAGAGCUGCUGCGUGAGGGCUUUCACACACCCAUGUGGAUGAAUCAAGCAAUAAAAAGCACCACAGCUGACUUGAAGCUGCCCUUCGUGGGUCCCCAACAUUCAGGCAACUACAGCUGCCGCUAUACAGCCAUGUCGCCCUUCAAAUUUGAGUCCGACUUCAGCAACCCUGUGGAGCUUAUAGUAGAAAGGCUGCGCUCCCGCCCGGGAGCCCAGAGCCGGAUCUACAAUCCCGUUCCUCCCGCUCCGGCGCUUGUUGCUCGCCCGGCCCGAGCGGGAGCUGCGGACCCCGGGAAGCCCAGCUACCUCCUUCUGCUUUCCUCUUCGUGUUCCACCUUCCGGGAGAUCUGCGUGAGGGCUUACAGCAGCGAGCGUGAACAGGCAUUGCCCCCAGCCCCAUCUUCAAUUCUUGGGGCGCUACGCAGCCGCGCGGGGCAGGAAGGGGAGAAAUGCGUCCUUCCCCGCUGCCUAGCUUCGUCCCGGUCCGCGCUGGGAGAGGAGGCACUGCGGAGCCCACACCUGCAAACUCGUCCUAGAAGUCUCAGGGGCUUCUACGUCUGGGCGAGUGAGUCGGCGCAGGUAAUCCGAACCCCAGGGCAGAAGCGCGGGGGAGGAGUCGGCAAGCUGCAGCAAGGACUUGUCGCAGGGUUGGCAGGUAAGGCGCGGGCGGAAGCUGUAGGUGCAGCUGAUGCAAUGGGCUUUGGACGGGGUCAGGUGAUGGCUGGGGUUGGGGAGAGCUGGAGUGGCCAUAUCUCCAAUAAUCGUGACCUAAGAGGUGGAGAAACGCGAGGAAGCUCGCUUCCUCGACUCCCCCUAAAAUGGCUCCAGGUGGCCUUAGCCCCUGCCCCGGGACCAGUGCCAAUGACUCUGCUGGUGGUUUCGCUUUCUCCUCUCGCAGUCCUGUGA